GUAAGCUUCAAAGAUUUUAACUUCACUUGCCAUUUUUUGCUUAGUGUACGGGUAUCAGAACAUCGCUAUUGAAGAUGACCAUCGCAUUAAAGACAAGUUCUGGAAAGGAACCUAAAAUGAAUUGGGCUGUUUAUAAAACUGCGCUAAUAGCGGAUUUGCUCUUAGUUGGCUCCGGAAUAAUACUUGUAUGGCCAUCAGCAGUUUUACCAAAAUUACGCUCAAAUGACACAGAAGUAAAUCCAAUUGGAAGACCCAUAACUCCGGUGGAAAAUUCAACAAUAAUGGCAUCUUCAGCAGUGUCUGCUUUGUUAAGUUUUUUUCUUAUGGCGAAAUUGUCAGAUGCUAUAGGACGAAAGAUGAGCAUGAGGGUAUUAGCAAUCGUAGACACUUGUAUCCUAACAGUGCUAGCAUUUGCAACAAAUAUAUAUGUUUACAUUGUUGGUUUCUUAAUGCUUGGGUUUGUUUCUUCAGGUGUUUUUAUUAAUGUAGCCAUAUAUAAUAGUGAGAUUUCUGAAGAUAAAAAUAGGGCUUGGAUAGGAUGCGUAGUUGGUCUAAUGAUGCCAACUGGAAACCUUCUUGGAUACAUAUUUGGUGCGCUAUUAGAUAAUGUCAGGAAUUAUACAUUAUUUUGUGCUUUACCAGCUGUUCUUCAUAUUUUACUCUCUUUCUUUGUAGUAGAGUCUCCACCAUAUUUGGUGUGUAAAAAGAAAAAAUCAGAAGCUUUAACUGCUUUAGAAAAGUUGAGAAAAACUAAAAACUUUAAGGAUAUCGAGAUGGAGUAUCGCCUUAUGGAGGAGUUUAAUGUAUCUGGGGACCCUAAAAAACAGGAUACGUUUGCUAUUUUUCGUUGUGCAUCUGCGCGAAAAGCACUAUUUUUAGGAUUUGUACUAUGUACUACUCAACAAUUAUCUGGCAUACUUAUAGUUAUGUCGUACAUAGUUAUUAUUUUCAAUGAGGCGCAUGCUUCGUUAUCAGGAACUACAGUAAGCAUUUUGUUCGGAAUAGUGCACAUUUCGAUUAUUCUUGUGGCUGCGUUUAUUGUUAAUAGAUUUGGCAGGAAACCUUUGAUAUUAUUUUCUUCACUAGGAUGUUCAAUUUCAAUGAUUUUCCUGACUAUAUAUUUUUAUAUGAACGACCAUAACAUGCCAAUAGUAAACAGUAUACGAUGGAUACCCAUUGCUUGUAUUAUGUUUUUUAUUGUUUCAUAUGGUAUGGGACUUGGGCCUAUACCUAUGGUUUUGAUUGGGGAGCUUUUUCGUAAUGAUCUCCGAGCUGUAGGAGUGGCUACUAUUACAAUAGCUGAAUGUUUAAUAACAAUAAUUUCACAAUUUUUGUAUCCACUUUUGACUGUUAGUUACGGCGUUUAUCUAAGUACAGCUGUAUAUGCGGUAAGUACUUUGAUCGGUUUUGUAUUAUUAUUAGUUUUGUUACCAGAAACUAGAGGUAAAAGUUUUAUGGAAAUUCAAAAGAUUCUUAGCAAGUAACGCAAUGUUUUACAUAUACUAUUUUGUUUGAAUAGUAUAUAUAUUGAAUAUAUUUUUUAAUUAAAAAAAACGGUCCAAUAAGUAUUAUUAUAUAUCUCAAUUUUAAAAAUUGCUUAUGGCAUUUAAGGAAAUUGCUCCGUCGAUAUUGUUACUAUUUUUUUCGCAAAGUAAAAAACUAUAAAUGUUUAUCUCUUUGACCUCAUUUUGAAUGCUAGUUUUCUUGUUCUAUUUAAAACAAUAUUGCACAUUAUUUUUGUUAUUCUUCUUCUUGAAAACUGAAAGUUAGAAUCACUUAAAGUACCAAUCACAAAGAAGGUAUAUAGAAACACAACUCGCAUAAAUCAAUAGACAAAAUUUCACUUACAAUGAUGUAAAGUACAUGUGAAAGGAAAUUCUACGUCUAUCUAUAGCUUAUUUGGUCCAUUCUUGAACGUAAGUCUCCCCUUUUUCUCGCCAGGAUUCUCUGUCUUGGAAACAUUGGAUUCAUCCAUUUGGAACCAGCGUAUUUUUUUAUGUCGUCGAUUCAUCUCAUUUGAGGUAUUUCUCUUCCUCUUCGGUAUUCACAGGGUCUCUAAUGUAGUAUGUGGUUAUUUCACCUGCCGUCCGUUUGACUUGCAUUGUACCCGGUGAAUCUCCAUUUCAUUUCUGCUAUUUUUCCUUUAUAUCUUUGAUCUUAGUAAUUUUUGUUAUCCAAUCGUUUUUUUUCUUAUCCUUCAUAUUUACUUGUAGCAUUUUUCUAUCUAUGGGCCUUUGUGUUUUUAAUACACUAUCCAUGUUAUUUCUUGUCAGUGUCCAUGUUGCGCUCCAUAUGUCAAUACAGGCAGUACAUAUUGGUUGUAACCUUUUGUUUUUGGGUAUUGCGGAUAUCUGUUAUUUUUGAGAAUGUAACUGAGAUUUCCAAAGGCUACCCAUGCCAAUCUGAUUCUCUUGAUCACCUCCGAUGUUUGGUUCUCCUUGCUAGGCCUAAAUACUUGGCCCACAUAUUUAAUAUAUUAUACUCUUGCACUUGUUGGAUUUCUUAAUUUUGAAUAGUUAUUGUACAGUUUUCAUUAGCAUUGGUCAUUGUUUUUGUUUGCUGAAAGUUCAGUUUUAACCCUACAUUUCUCCCUUCGAUAUCUCUAGCUCUUUCUGCAUUUUUUUGAGCUUGGAGCUCUGCGAAGGUGAUUCAGAAGUUGUCCAUUAAUGUUAAUUCCUAUUUUCUCCCAUGUCAACUUCUUAUACACGUCUUGCAGCGCUUCAUUGAAUAGUUUGAAGUUGAAACUGUUGAAGAGAAGCAGCUGUGCAGUCCUAGGAAUACCUAGCUUUGGAAUGAAGGGCAAUUAAAAUCUGGUUAAGUGUGCCAAAUUUCAUUCUUUAUUUAUAGACAUUCAAGAAACUUCUUCUUCCUUGAGUGCUGACUCAACUAAUUAAGAUUGGCUAUAACUAUUUAAGAUUCAUGUUCAUCUUCAGCUAUUGUUAAAAAUGUCAUGCCUCAUUAAGUUGAGUAAGUUGUAGAGAAGGUAGGAACAUCGAAACGGCACAUCCAGCAGAAAAUACAACAGGACCGAAAUGCGGUACAAACAUUAAACCCCUUACUUUGGUCUCCUCAAAUUUUGUAUCCUUUUUGUUACACCCUGCAUAUUAAAUUAUUAGUAAUGGUGGAAGUCCCACUUCUCUACUUAUCUUCUGUGCAUCCGUGAUAUUCCCAUUUAAUGUACCCAUAGUUUGAUGGUUCAAAUAGAGAUUUUACACAAUUUAAUAUUAUUUUCACAUAGUCAUUUUCGCUUUAGACAUUUUAUAAGAAAAUAUGUACGUAAGGAUCUUUUUGUGAGUCUUGAUAUUUUUUAGCAAAAGUUGUGAAAUUAUGUUUUAAUACUGUGAUAAUAAAUCUACUUCUAUACAAACAUUAUUUAGAAUAUUCGUUCUGAUUUCAAAUUUUUGCCUAGCAUACAUAUACCAUCACUCUCCAGAAAAACUUUUGGCAUGUGGGACCGUCGCAUCGCAUAGAUCUUGUAAAUUUGCUUUAUUUUAAUAAAAGAAUUCAAUGUUAUUGAGUUCGUGAGUGUUCUUAAGAGGCAACAUCAGCACACGGAAAAUGCGUUCCAAGAUUGCAGCUUUAAUUUUAAAUGUUUUGUCGAAAUAUUUGGCACGCAUAUUCGUAAUAUAGUAAAGAAUGGCGGUACAGAACCCAAUUUGAGAAAUAUGUUAGUAUGUGGAAAUUACUGUAUUAUAUAUAUGUAUCGGACGUCUUUCGACGUUGUCCGAUGCCUAACUUCCACGUCCUUCUAUCAUCCCAUUGGCCCUCUCUAAGAUCCCUUGCACUCAUUGCUUUGGUUACCCCUUCUUUCCAUGUCUUUUUGGGUCUUCCUCGUUUUUUGCGGUUUGGUGGUACCCACUGCAUGAUCUUUUUGGGCAAUCUUGUGUCUUCCAUUCUUUGAACAUGACCAUACCAAAUCAACUGUUUCCUCUCAAUGUCUGUUGUUAAGUAGCCAUCUAUUCCAAUUCGUCGUCUUACUUCCUCAUUUCGAACUCUUUCCCUACGGGAUAUACCUAACGAUCUUCUAAACACAUCCAUUUCUACAGCUUCUAAUUUUUUUCUGUUGUUCUCGGUUAUUCUCCAAGUUUCUGCUUCGUACAGUAGGCUGCUUUUAAUAAGUGUUUCAUAGAUAUUGUAUUUUGGCUGUAUUCCUAUUUCGGAGCUCCAAAGUAUUCCAUUUAGGCAGCCAAUUGUUCUUCUAGCUUGUGUUACCCUUUUCUUUAUUUCCUCAUCGUCUUUUCCCGUUCUAUCGAAUAUUACUCCCAGGUACGUGUAUUCACUACAGGAUGUGAUUUGUUCAUUAUGCUCUAGUUCGAUAUUGGAUAACUCAGCUCCUAUGGGUAGGUAUUUAUUUUUUUCCACAUUAAUUUCCAAGCCCCACUGUUCAUAUUCCCCCUUUAGUUUUCUUGCCAUAUACUGUAGGUCGUCUUUAUCAUUAGCUAUGAUCACUUGGUCAUCAGCAAAUUGUAAGGUAUAUAAACAAACCUCUCCGAGGUCUAUACCCAUACCGUGGCAUUUACGUUUCCACUCGUUUAGUGCUUUUGCAACAUAUAUCUUGAACAAAGUUGGUGAAAUACAGCAGCCCUGGCGCAGACCCUUGUUAACUAUGAACUUUUUAGAUAGUGUGUUGCCAAUUUUUACUUGUGAUGUAGAAUUUUCAUAUCGAUUUUUUAAAGCGUUGACUAGAGUGUAGCUGAUGUUAGUUUCUUGUAGUGAUUUCCACAAUUUAGUCACAGGAACGCUGUCGUAUGCUUUACGGAGGUCAACAAACAUGAGAUGGGUCUCUUGAUUGGUUGCUGAUUUUUUUUCAAUUAAUUGUUUUAGGCAGAAGGCAUUAUCUGUGCAAGUCCUUCCAGCGCGGAAACCAGCCUGUUCUUCUUCUUCUUGUUCCCUAUACUCCAUCUCAAUGAGAUUUCUAAGAAUGCGCCCGUAUACCCGGCUUAGUGUACUAGUUACCGAUAUUCCUCUGUAAUUUGAGCAAUCCAACUUAUUUCCUUUUUUAUGAAUGGAAGAAAUAUAAGCUACUUUCCAUAAACUGGGUGGUGUGACACCGUUUAUAUAUUUGUUCAUACACCAAGUAAGUGCUUGAAAGAGUGUAUCUGUGCCACAUUUUAUUAAUUCGGCAGGAAUAUUUUCUGGCCCUGGAGCUCUACCAUUUUUUAGUUCAUUUACAGCUUUCUUCACCAUAUCAACUCCCACUACUAUCUCUUCGCCCUCAACGAAUACUUCUGUUGGUGAUUGGGUGGUAUAUUCGGCUCUACUUUCUGUUAGCAAACUCUCGUAGUAUUCUUUCCAUUUUUCUGUUGAUAUUAACUGAAUAGAAGUAGUAUUUCUUUCUGUGUUCUUUAUUUUGUUUAAAAAUUUCCAUGUCUCUGAACACUUCCUUCCGCCUAUAUAAGUGUUGAUCUCUUGGCAUUUCCUAUCCCACAUUUCUUUUUUUGCUGCUGUUACUGCUCUUCUUGUUGUUCUUCGUAGGUCCAAAUAUUUGUCUUUGUCUACUUGAUGUUUAGUACUUAGCCACUGUGCGUACGCUUUCUUUUUCUCUGUAUUCUAUACAUAAAUUACUGUAUUCUAUAAGUAAAUAAUAUAUUUAAAAAUUGAGUCUGUAUCGCCAUUAAGAAGGACAAGGAAAUAUACUUGCUUCAAAUAAACUUUCUUUAUCCCAUGCCUAUAUUUUGUGUCACAUUGUAAUUACUAAAAAUCGAUUAUCUAUAACAAGAAAUCGAACUUGACUGACUUGGCAACAUUUAGCUCGCCUAUGAGUAUAAUAAUUAUUUUCAUCACAAUAGUGUGCCCUAGUUUUUGAUAGUAUUGUGUCACUGCCACUGUCGUACUGCCGAUGCACUGUUGCCGCACUGUUGAAAGUUCGCAGAAUUUUCGAAAAAAAUAUUGUUGAAUCGCUGAUGUAGCCUCUUAAAUAAGUAUGAUCAUUAGUAUGGUUGAUUAUAAAAUCAAAAUUAUGCUUCUAUAGUAGGUUUUAUAAUUAUAUAUAGGUAUGUUAUUAUCACUCCUUCGUCUACAGAUUUUCAUUUAGUAAACAGAAAACUUAAGAACUCCUUUCGUCAAAAUCAAAUAAAAUAUUAAGUGACAGUACGUUUUUCUGUUACCAAUUUUUUGAUUUGGCGUGUAAAGUUUGUUUUUCGAGGUUGCUCUUUGGUUUUUGGCUUUAGUUGCUCUGUCGUGCAAGCAGUAGCUUCUUAGUUCUAAGGUUAAUCUAUCUAUCUACAGGCGAGGUUCCUACAGCCUCUGCCGCUUCUCGCAAUUCGACCGCCAUCUUUUUCUAUUCAUGCAUUCGUCUUCUUUGAUGGCUCUAUCUCUCAUGAUGUGCCGAACAUUAUCUUCCCAGGCAACGGAAGGCCUUCCCCUUCUUCUUCUUGGUUGUGGUAUAUGUAAUUUAAAGCUUUUUUGCCAUCUAUAUUCAUUCAUUCUAUCUACACUGGAAUAUACAAUAUUUGUCCUUCUAAUAUCUUCAUUCCUGAUGUGAUUUUUUUUGGAUAUACCACACGCUCUCCUUAAAUAAUCCAUUUCUACUACUUCUAUUCUUUUUCAAUCUUUCUUCGUGAUCUGCCAAACUUCUGCCCCAUAAGUCAUAAUAGGCUCUACCAAGGUACGAUAUAUUGUCAAUUUCGUUUUUUGUCUUAUAUCUUUAGACCAUAUUAAAGAGUUUAGAAUGUUUACCGCUUUUUUGGCCUGUUGCGUUCUGUUUUCAACGUCUGUUUUGUUAGUGCCUUCUUUAGAGAAUAUAGAUCCGAAAUAUUUAUAUUCUUUGCAUGUUUUUAUGGUUCUAAUUUCUAAAUUUGGAUCUUCUUCAUCAUCCCCUAUUUUAAGAUACUCUGCCUUUGACAUAUUCAUAUUGAGGCCCCAUUUAUCAUAUUCUUUCUUUAGUUUUCUAAACAUGUAGUCCAUGUCUUCCUCAUCAUUCAUUAUUAAGGUUAAUAAUUUUAGUAAAAAUCAUCAUCAUCAUCAGUAGCUCUACAACCCUUUUUGGGUCCUGGCUUGUUCUAGGAUUUUCCGCCAUUCUGUUCUGUUCUUUGCUUUAUUUUUCUAGUUGAUAAUCUUAAGUGUUUUCAGAUCUUGUUCCACUUGUUCCAUGUUUCAAGGUUGGGUCUUCCCUUUGACCUUCUUCCUACUGGUGUCUACCUCAUUAUACAUUUUGGUGUUUCAGUCUCACAUAUGAAAAUUUCAUAUUUAAUGUGCCCACCCCAGUUCUUAAACCUUUGUAAAAAAUAUCAAUAUGCCAGAAAACAUAGCUUAAGUCGCUAAAAUGAAUAAUUAUAGUAUUGAAAUUUCCAAUAGUUAUUACAAUAUAUUUCUUUUAUGUGAAAGAAAUAAUUUAAAGAAACUUUUUAACGAAUAUACACAUUGUUCUAAAUGUGGUUAAUAUGAGUAUUAUUAUGUAAAAAUGUAUUAUUAAUAAAAAUUUAGUGAGUAUCUCAAA